AUGAAUAGUGAUCCUAAUGAGAAAAGAGGGUCGUUGUUAUUAGCAUGGCAAGUAAGAGAUAAACAUUGCUUGGUCAUAGGAAGUGGAGAUGUAGCGUUAAGUAGAAUCGAACAUAUGAUUGUAGCUCAAGCUAAAAUCACUGUAAUUACUGGUGAAACUAAAGUCCAUCCACAAAUCUUGAAAUUAAAUGAACAAGGAGCUAUUCAUAAGUUGAUUGAAAGAAAUUAUCAACCUAGUGAUUUGAAAAUGUAUGAAAAUGAAGGUAUUGACAUUGAGUUUGAUAAAGUAACUGAAGAAGAUUUCACUAAAAUCAAUGAAUAUCUUCAUAAUAAUCGAUUUGAAGUAGUCUGUUGUUGUAUUGAUGAUCAUAUCUUAUCUGCCAAAAUCUACUUUCAAUGUAAAUUACUCGGAAUAAAUGCUAAUAUCGCUGAUAAACCAGAAUUAUGUGAUUUUUAUUUUGGUGCUAUGAUCAAUAAAGACAAUUUACAAAUCAUGAUAUCAACUAAUGGUAAGUCACCUAGAUUACUGAAAAUCAUUAAAGAUAUCAUUAAAAAACAAAUCGAUGAUAUAGAUUUGAAUAAGGCCAUUGAAAACUUGAACCUCGUCAGAUUCAAUUUACGUAAAUUGAAAUUACCUGAAAAUGAUGUCAAUACUAUUGAUCUUAGAAUGCAAUGGAUUAAGAAAUUAACUGAUUUUUUUGAUACAAAAGCAUGGAGUGAAAUGGACAUCAAUGAUGAAAAUGUUCUUAAUAUUGUAAAUAAGUAUCCAGAGUAUCCACCAGAAGAGAUUGAAGAAUUCAAGAGAUUGUUGAUAUAA